UUGGAGUGUGGCUGCCCAGCCGCCGGCUCCCGGAUGGCUUCACGAAUUUGAUGCUAAAGCCGAGCCGUAAGGAGCGAAACUUUCCGGCCAUUGAAGCGAGAUAGAAAGCAGAUGCUCCACCAAUGGAGCUCCGGUCGUUUCCUUCUCCAACACUCUCAGAGCACUUAAUUUCAUGCAUCGUGCCAAGUUAUAUAAAGACCAAGAAUAUUUGUAAACUGAAUUUUGAAGAAAAGGUAACUGCCAUGAGGAGAAGUUUUGGCCAAUGUUGGAGGCUUAAUUUGAGAUGCUCUGCAAAUGGUGAUGGGGCUUCCGUUUUGGCUUCAAAUGUUCAUGUAAGGGAGCAACAGAGUUGCUCAAAUAUUCCGCUGCAUGAUGCACGUAUUCUGUAUUCUGUAGCGCCUGCGAUGGGCCAUAAUAAGGAAUAUCACCCUGAAUCUAAUUUAAGGGUUCCUGCAAUAGUUAAUGCUCUUGAGGAGUUUGAGCUCACAUCCAAGUAUUGUGGUUUAGAAGUUUUUGAAAUGCAAAAUUUCACGACAGCUUCUGUGGAUGAUAUUGCACGUGUGCAUGAAAGGGCCUAUGUAACGGGACUUGAGAAGGCUAUGUCAAAGGCCUCUGAUGAAGGACUUAUCUUCAUUGAUGGAUCAGGACCAACUUAUGCAACUGGAACAACUUUUCAAGAAUCACUUAUUGCGGCUGGCGCAGGACUUUCAUUGGUUGAUUCUGUGGUUUCAGCUUCGAUAACCAGUCCAAACCCACCAAUAGGAUUUGCCUUAAUCAGGCCACCAGGUCAUCAUGCUAUUCCCAAAGGUCCCAUGGGUUUCUGUGUAUUUGGUAACAUAGCUGUUGCUGCUCGCUAUGCUCAACAUGUGCAUGGUUUAACGCGGGUUCUAAUUAUCGAUUUUGAUGUUCAUCAUGGUAAUGGAACAUGUGAUGCAUUUUAUGAUGAUCCAAAUGUAUUCUUCCUGUCUACUCAUCAGGUUGGAAGCUAUCCCGGUACCGGGAAGAUUGAGCAAGUUGGCCAAGGAAGUGGUGAAGGGACCACAUUGAACUUGCCUCUACCUGGAGGAUCUGGUGAUUAUGUUAUGAGAAGUGCGUUUAACGAAGUCAUUGCACCUUGUGCUCAAAGAUUUAAACCAGAUAUUAUUCUUGUCUCAGCCGGCUAUGAUGCUCAUGUGCUUGACCCGCUAGCAGGCCUACAAUUUACUGCUGGUACUUACUACAUGCUUGCAUCAAGCAUCAAGCAAUUGGCAAAGGAGCUAUGCAAAGGACGAUGUGUGUUUUUCUUGGAGGGUGGAUAUAAUCUGCAAUCUCUCUCCCACUCUGUUGUAGACACGUUUCGUGCCUUUCUUGAACAGCCAAGCCUGGCUCCACAGUUUGAUGAUCCUGCCAUUUUGUAUGAAGAACCAUUAUCCAAGGCUAAACAAGCCAUUCAAAAAAUCAAGCAUCUGCACUCCUUGUAGAAUCAAGAUAAGUGAAAGACGAACUCUGUAACCGUGAGUUUAGUCUCUCUUUAGUCGUUGCAGUAUCUUUUCUUUAUUUGUUUCUGUCUAUAUUCUGUACAUAUCGAUGACUCCUUGGUUUGUCAUGUUAAGUUACCCAAUAAAAAUUUUUGAACUUUU